AUGAAUUUUAAAGGCAGUCAGAGAUUUUCUUGUUUGGAAUCCUACAUAACGACAUCUAAGAGCUCAAGAUUUCCUGAUGAAACAGAGAUUUUCAAGAUGUCAGAAAGGCAUUCAGGUCAAGCUUGCACUGCAGCAGGAAAUGAGGUGGACUCUCCUACUGUUAAUUUCAAGUACUCCAGCUUCAGAGAUUUUUGUUCCACAUCUUCAUCUCAAGAUAGUGGCUACAGUGAGUUGUUAAAAUCUUGCAGCUUUGAUAAUACAGAAAAAGAGUUUUUCGGAAAGAAAGAAAAAGGCCCAACAUUAAGCUAUGAACAUCCCAAAACUUCAAAUCUGGACUUAACACAUCCUUUAGAGUCUCCCACUCAAAAAGAGAGAUUUGUCUUCCCUAGGAAGGAGAAGGAUAAAACCCCAGAACUCUGUGAAACUCCUAAAAUCAGUGGGAAAAAAUUUCUACCACGCAGAAGGUUGACCAUAUCCUUCUCUCUUCUAAAAGGGGACUUUGAAUCACAAAAUAAUUCUCUAGAAAGUAGUUCAAGCCAAGCUCUCAACUUAGAAAAAAAUAUUCCAAGCAGUGCUUCAGGUUUUCAAGGGCGAAAUAAUUUUAGUUCUUUAGGUACUAGCACUUUGAAAACAGAAGAAGCAACUUCCAGCAGUCAAAAAUUGAGACUAAAUUUUUCUCAACAGAAGACUUCCACAAUUGAUGAUUCCAAAGAUGAUUGUAGCCUAUUUGAAGUUGAAUGUAUAUCUCCAAUUCCGGGCAAUAAAGACUCUAUUACACGUGACUUUAGUGAUAGCAGUGUGUGUAUUAACGAUGAGAAUACAUAUCCUGAACUUCUGGGCUCCUCUGUUAAUGGCACAACUUGUGGAACAGAUGAGGACAUAUUUGUGACUCCAGUAAGUAAUCUUGUAGCAAACAUUAAAUUUAAUGCAAGACAAAGGCUUUCUCAUUCAACUGAAGUGAGAGGCAAUAUUUCAACACCUGAAGACAGUGGUUUUAAUUCACUUUGCUUGGAUAAAACAGAAGAUUCUCUCUCUGACCAGGAGGGUUCUUUUCAAGAACUACAUAAGAGAACUCUAAAAGUAGGGGACACCAUAAAAAAGUCAAGGUGUCUUGGAAGGUUGAGAAGACUGUCCACCCUUCGGGAGCAGGGCUCACAAUCUGAGACAGAAGAGGAAAAGCAGACCGUGCAUUCUGACUCUGAAACAACAUCAGAAACUGUUUCAGACAUCUCAGAGAGCCAGCUGAGCAGUGAUAGUAAGAGUGAGGAUUUGAUUUUAAGCUUUAAGAAUUUAUCACAGACCCCAGCCUUGCAAUUAGUGCAUGAGCUCUUUAUGAAAAGCAAAAGGAAAAGAUUCCAGCAAAGCGGUGCACAUGAAUUCUUAGAAGAAAGGGAUGAGGGGAAAAUUGCUGUACUACAGUGUGUGCUUGCAGGACUAAUUGGCAAGAAAAUGGGUAUAGAAAAACUGGACAUCUUAACAGAAUUAAAAUAUAGAAAUUUAAAGCAUAUUCUUGCUAUGGUAUUAGAUUCCUUGACUACAGAAAGCCUAUGCAGUGUUUGGAAAGUGAGCAGAAACUGGCGCGAAAUUGUUGUUCAAGAUAAAAAAGCCAAUCAGAGGAGGAAAUUUUAUAUCACAAAACUGAAAAUGGAUUCUGAGGGGGCUAUAUUAAAUGUUGAGGAUGCUGCCACUCGGCUCCAUGUUUUAAAUCGAUCAGCUUUAAGAUCUGUACAAGCUCAGGCUAGGACACCAGGUUCUCAGAAAGAACAAGUUUCAACAUUUUCUCCUUGGGGAGAAGUUUUGACACCUAUAGCAAGCUCUUCUAUUACUCAUUUAAGUAGUAAACAGGAAGAAUAUGUUAAGGUUGCCAAAACACUUUUUAUUGAUGAAGCAUUAAAACCUUGCCCAAGGUGCCAAUCCCCUGCUAAGUACCAGCCAUAUAAGAAAAGGGGACUGUGUAGCCGCACAGCCUGUGGUUUUGACUUUUGUGUGUUAUGUUUGUGUGCUUAUCAUGGGUCUGAAGAGUGUAGUAGAGGAACAGCAAAGCCAAGAAAUAGAAAAGAUGCUCUUCCAGGAAGUGCCCAGAGUAAGCGGAAUUUAAAACGCCUCUAAAGAGACUUUAAAUAUACAAGAAGCAUUCCCCCUAAGCAACGUUUUGUCUGACUUAAAAUUAUGAAUAUUUUG